AUGGCACCCUUCCCAUUCUCCUCUGCGCAUCGCACCUCCCGCCUCCCUCAUCCGCUACUCAACCCACAGGUCCUCCCCAUGGUGCUCUUCUCCAUCGCCCUCUUUGCCUUCUACUCCCUCACUCCCCUCAUGCUCCGUCUGGGUGGCGCGGCUCUCUUCAAUCUCUCCCUUCUCACAUCUGACCUUUGGGCGGCUGGAGUGGCGGCUCUCGUCUUUAACCAGCCUGUGAGUCUGCGCUUUCGAGUCUUUGAGACUUGA